ACAGUGUCUAAUACGCAGUCGAGGUCGUAGGACAUAAAACAUGAAGCUGUUAUUUAUUAUCGUUUCACUUGCGGUAAUCGCGUUUGCCGAAAACAUAGAAGAGCGUGAAAUAGAUGAUACCGAAGCGGCAGCGACGAUAGAGCUGCUCCGAACGCCUAAGGAGUCAUUAGAAACAGCAGCCAGUGCUUACAACUACCUUCAGGAUGUUAACUCUUUCAAUUCCCAAAGGAACUAUUUCCCCCAGAACACAUUAACUCCUGAUACAAACAAAAAUUCUGCUCAAUACAAAUAUUAUGCACCUCCUUCGAGUAACUAUGUGCCACCAUCAAAUAAUUAUGUGCCACCAUCAAACAACUAUGUGCCGCCAACAAACAACUAUGUACCCCCCUCAAAUAAUUAUGUGCCCCCAACGAACAACUAUGUGCCACCGUCGAACAACUAUGUGCCGCCGUCGAACAACUACGUGCCCCCUAAUAACAACUAUGUGCCACCUCAGAAUAAUUACGUUCCACCUCAGAAUUACUACCCAUCGAGCACAUGGACUCCCCCUGCAAACAUCCCAUCCACUACUACCCCGACUUCGGUUAUCAAAAAUGAGCUGAGCUAUGGUGACAAUGGUAGUUAUAAAUACGAGUAUCAAAUUGCAGACGGCACACACGUCGGAGAAGAAGGCUAUUACACUGACCCAAAAGGUGCUGAUGAGAGCCUUGUAAAGAAAGGCUGGUAUUCUUACCCGGGUGAAGAUGGCAAGAUAUACACGGUUACUUAUUGGGCAGAUCACACCGGCUUCCAUGCGACAGGUGACCAUCUGCCUACCCCACCGCCUGUACCACCAGCGAUCCAAGCCGCCUUGGAUCAACAAGCGAAAGAAGAAGCGGCAAAAGCAGAGGCCGAGAAAAAUAAACCAUCAACAGGUUACUACCCUAACCAACCAGCCAAUUACCCCAACCAACCAACUUACUACCCCAACCAACAAUCUUCCUACCCCAACCAACAAUCUUCCUACCCCAACCAACAAACUUCAUACCCUAAUCAGCAAACUUACUACCCCAAUCAACAAAAUUACUACCCCAACCAACCUCAAUACGCUACCAGUCCGCCUUAUGGUAAAUAGUUAUCCGCUUAGCCAAUGACUGAACAAGUUGAUACUAUUUCGUUGUAUAGAAAAGUGUCAAGAAAUUUAUAUUUUUAGUAACGUAGAAUAAAUACUUCUACUUACUAAAUCUUGCCAUAAAUUAAUUUCUCGAUACUUUAAAUACUGAGCGCGAACAUUACCUCUUAAAUAAAAUAGUAAAAUGAGCGACCAUUUUGUUCAUGAAAUAGGUUUUGUGAACUCAAUGGCAGCUGGGAUUUGAAUGGUUGUGAAUUAAAUUUUAGAAACCGACAAUUACUUAAGUAUUAUAUCUACUAUAUUUACUUAGGGUAUAAUUUAGGUGAUUAACAAUAAAUGUGAUGAUUUUA